UAAAAUUGAGGAUAGUAAUAAAGAACUAAAAGAAGAACUGCAAUCAAAAUGGAAUAGUUUGAAUUAUAAGAUAGAUGCUAUUCAUCAUGACAUUCAAGUAAAAGUAGGGCAACAGUUAACUAAAAUGCAUAGUACUUUCAAAUGUGAAAUAGAUCAAAUUCAAAAAAAUUAUCAAGAGGCAGAUGAACUUUUGGAAGUGAGGUUGUCCGAAAGAUUGAGCAACGAGUCCAAACUUUGCUCUGACAAAGUUAAAGAGGUACAAAUUAAAGUAGAUACUUGUCAGAAAAACAUUGAGAAAGUAAAAGAAACCUGUACCGAAAUUCGUGGUGCAGUGGAACAAAGAUGUUCUGCCAGGAUAGAAGCAGUAGAGUCACAAGUAGAGGAAUUAAAUACUAACAUUGCUAACCUAGAAAAUAGAGUAACCUCUGUUAAUUCUAGUCAUUCUACUGUACAGCAUGUGACUUCAGUUGACGCCGCUUUUAUAGGGUGUCGACAGUUUUUGCGCUUUGAUCCUGAUAAGUACAUUCACCCUCUUGAAUUUUGGAAUGACUUUGAGGAUGUUCUCCCCAACACUUGAUCAGAAAGAGAAAAAAUUUCAUUUAUAAGAAGUCAUUUGUCAGGUGAUGCUUUGCGAUGGUCAGCGGAUGUAAUGAUCAAAUGUAAAACUUUAUCUGAAUUUAAGUCUGCAUUUCUCAACGAAUACUGGUCACAUAACAAACAAAAUGAUGUGUUAAGGGAAUUCUGGAGUGGUAAGAAGUUUUUCCCAGGGCGUGAAUCAGUAAAGGAUUUCGCUAGGAAGUGGGUUUCAAGACUGUCACAUUUGACAGAAAAGAUGAAGCCAGAUAUGAUCAUUAUGGGUUUAGAAGGUAAGCUGCCGUGGUACUGGCAGAAGAGGAUCAUUUCCGCCCCUAGAGAUAAUAUAGACAAAUUUAUUGAAUAUCUGGAAAGAGUGGAAAGAGUAGCUGCUGCUGAGGAGCAGGUGCAGCAGAAUAACAAAUCUUCUAACAAUCACGUACAAAAUAAUGGAAACGUGAACGUUAGAAAUAUGGAAGUUAGGCACACCAAAACAAACUAUCGAAACCAAAGCCGUGGCAGAGGAAGAGGGGGUAGAUACUCACCACGCUUUCGUAACAACUACUAUGACGAAAGUGGAGAAGUAAAUACUAUGCCAUUAAGACAAGAAGGGAGUCAUGAUACUACUAUAUCUAGUGGUGUCACAGAUGAACACAACAGGCCGCGUGUGGGAAACUAAAUCCCGUCUAUGAGGAAACUGGCGCUCACCAGGCGGUAACAGUAACACAGCCAGUAACGGAAACACAGACAAUCAGCCAACAUACACAGACAGACAACAUGGAUGACGAAAUAAAUACAGAUAAUACCAGUGAUGUGUUAAGCCACUCUCACAAAAUAGUGGAUAGUAUUUUGGAUACACUAGAAAAAUGGGUCAAGGAAGAACAGGAACUCAAGGUAGAUAAUGGGGAAGAAAUAGAUAAUGGGUUUGAGUCUGAUGGGAAUAAUGAUGAAGUAAAAGCUUACAUCUUCGAUGAAAAUGGCAAUCUAAAAGCUGAAGUAGAAGUAGCAGAAGUAGAAUCAGUACUGCAAAACUUUAGAGAGGAGGAAAUGAUGAAUGAAGGGGGUAGAAAUAGUAACGAGGUGAAAGAAUCUAGUAGCUGUGUAAACGUGCCACAAAUGGUUGAAGGUGACGACAUUCUUAUGAACAGCAAUAUUGCGCAGGGACGCAGUUGCUCAGAGGUAGAGGAUAGUUUGGCUGAUGUGCAGCAAACAAAAGUAGAAAAAGUCGUCAGAUGCUUCGAUUUAAAGUUAGUGGACAGAUUAGAGAAAGCAGCUAAGAUUAUAGAGCAUGAUGAGCCCCAGGAUGUAAAUGUAAAUGUAAUUGCAACUGAUCAGAAUUACUUUCGCUGGAAGAACAUAGAACGAGAUUUAUUAGACGAGGUGUGUGAGCAACCUGUUCAAUGUAAAAUAACUCACCCUGUUAUCAAAGUAAACAUAUCAGUAGUCACUGUGCGUUGUCUGCUUGACAGUGGCAGUGAAGCAAGUGCUUUAUCACAAACAUUUUUUGACACCAUACCCAAUAAAGAGAAGUUAACAGUUAUGAAAGUAAGUGGCUUAAAGAUUAUAGGUGCUACUGGAAAAGUCUCUAGACCAGUUCAACACGAAGCUUUGAUACCCAUUGGUAUAAAUGACGUAGUAAUAGAUCAUCAUUGUUUGAUUGUGCUAGGCUUAAGUGUUGAUAUGUUGAUUGGUACUGAUUUCUUAUCAAAGUACCAGGGAAAGAUCAAUUUUGAUCAGAACAACUUAAUUUUAACUUUACCUGACUCUAAAGUGAUAAGAGAGUCUUUUAUAGGAAGUCAUAUAGGCGGUAGUAAUGAAACUUGGGAACUGCCUAUUAGAGUAAUAAAGAAUAAAGGAUACUUGCAGGAAAAUUUGGUGAGCUAGUGCUGGUCAAAACAAAAGAAAAAUCAAAGAAAAUUUCUGCAGAAACUAAAAAGUUUAUGCAUGUAUAUCAUGGACCAUUUAGAAUAGUAAGUAAACCUCAUGCAAAUGCCUAUCGUUUGGAAUAUCCAAAGAGUAAGAGAGAACUAGGUCUAAGAAAUAUUGUGGAUCUAAAGGAAUUUAAAAUUAACAGUAAUUAAUUACUGUAGGGAGUCUGCCACUCUUUGGCGGAUACACGGUUUGGCGUACCGUGCAGUCCCAGCUGGGUGAAACUUUAUUUCCUUUUCAAGUUUCAUUCCCUUCUUCUGGUCUAUCAUAACAGGUAAGAAUCACAUAUGUCUUCAUGUUGUAUAUAUGCUAUUAGGUUUUAAGUAUUCUUAGUAAGGAUCUACCUAGUGAAUGGCAAAACAAAAGUCUGAGUACCAAUAAGAGGCAAACAUGGCUAAAAUAAAUAAAUUAAAAUAUUUCAUGUAAUUGUAAAGGGUUAGAAACUACAACUAAGAGAGACACUUUGCAGUAUACGAAGUACGGUAUGAAUAUGAAUAAUCCAUGAGAUUAUGCAGAAGGUAGUAUGUUGCUAGAAAUAAGGUUGUCUGAAGGAAAACAGCGUAAGAAGGUAAUGCUCAUAGAGGCAAGCAAUGGCGUUUUAGAAUUAAAUAAAUGGAGAUGUGUGGAAGUGGUGUGAGGAUCGCACCAAAUAUAUAGAAACAGGACGUCAAUAGGCUGACAAAAGGAAAAGGGAGAAAGAAGUGGAGAAAUGAAGUAUUUUGAAUCUGGAAGAAAAGGGAGAAAAUGAAUAAGGUGAAGAAGUGAAGUAAGUAAAUUGAAGUAAAUGAUGUAGGAUUAAAGAAUAAUUCCCUCACGUCUCGUGAAAUGGUGAAAAACGCUAAAUCUUGCUUGAGGCAAAUAAAUAGUUAAACAGACAACAGAAACACACAAAUAUUGGAAAAUGCAGAAAUUUGGAAUCGGUAUACUGAAAAUAACUAAUUUCUUUAGUAAUUCAUACAAUAAAGCAAAGUGCUGGUCAGCAAAUGACUUCUUUGAUGAACUAAUCCAUACGAUAAUUAAGCCAGAGUACAUUAAAACUAAAAGGUUACUCAAUUUUCUAAGUUGAAGCAAGAUCUUAAUAUAUUAAUUUGCUAAAAGAAUUUUCACUAUUUAGGAACCUAAAAGAUUAUUUAUGAAAGAAGAAAGUAGGAGCUAUUGUAUCAGAUACGACUUAGUGCUAAAUGUCUUUCUGACAACUUCACAAUUAGUAAAAUAGUGCCAGAAUAUAAACUAUAAAAUGUACUUUGUCCUACCUUAGAUAUAAGUUGAAAACAGAAACUUAGACUGUAUUGUCUGUUUCUCAGGGACAUGCAGGCUGCAUGAAUGACUGACAACAAGCGGUAGGGAGAUUGGAAGUAGAGACGCAAACCACAGUGAAUACAAUUUCCUCCCACAAUUUUGUCAAUCAGUGAAAUUAAAUGAGUGUUACAAUAGGACACCCACCACAGUGCCGAGUAUUAUAGUAAAAGAAAAAUGUGAGUGCGUUGCAGUGAUAAAAGUCGUGUGUAUUUUCUUUUUCAGGAAGAGACUGAUUUUAAAGAAAAAAAAAUAACUAUUUUGUAACCAUUGAAAAAUUUAUAUUUCCAUGUAAAUGUAUGUAAAUAAUUUGUGAAUGUCUUCUGUACUAGGUUUUCUAUGUGUAUAUGAGUAUGGUUAUUUUGUGUAUGUAGUAAUAAGGAAUUUCCUAAGAAGAAGCAACUUAAGUUGAAAGAGGUAUACUAAAGUAAUCCAUCGCUUGUUUGUUCUUUUAGAAAUUUAAUUUUGUUCAAAAAUAGAUUUUCACGAAAAUUAAAAAGGGGGUGAUGAAGCAAAGCAAGCGCUGUAUCAUGUAUAAGAUACAGAGGCGAGCGAGUGCACGGGACUUACCCUAGUUCACUGCUAGUAGCGUCACAUCAUCGUAACGCGCCUGCAUAUAGUAUUGCACCACAUUUAACAUAAAAGUAAAAAUUAAGAUUUGUGUGUAAAACUUUG